AUGUCGGCGGGAGCUGCGCGCGGCGAGAUCGCCCUCUCCGAGGCCGACACGCCGCGCGACGCGCUGCUUGCCAUGCAGGCGCAGUACGAGCGGAUCGUCGACCAGCUCCGGCGGGACGCGGCGCAGCAGGAGGCGCUGCGAGAAGCGCAAGCUGCCGAGGGAGAGGCGCGGGUCAUCGAGCGCAUCUGCUCCGUGGAGAGGGAGGCGUCGGCGCGCGAGCUCCAGCGCCUAGCGACGAUCGAGGCGAUUCGUGCGCAGGCAGCGGUGCGACCAGCCUUGGCGGCAGAGUGCGCCGCGUGCCGGGAGCGAUCUGCGGCGCUGCGCGAGCUGCGCGAGCAGCGUGCCGCGACGGAGGGCGCGCUGCGCGCCACCCUCGCUGCGGAGUCGGAGCGCCUGCGCGGCGCGCGGCGCGAGGUUCUCGAGCUGCACGCUGCGCGUGCGAGGGAGGCGCUGGAGGGCGGAGCCGCCGAGGUUGGCGCGGCACUAGAGGCGAAAGAGGCGCUGGAGGCGAAAGAGGUGCUGGAGGAGAGGGAGGCGCUGGAGGCGCGGCUCGAGGCGAGCGAGGCGGAGGCGAGGUCGCUGCGCGAGGAGUGCGGCCUGGCGAGCGACGCGGCGCGCAGGCUCGAGGCGGAGGCGGGCGAGCUGGGCAGGGAGAACGCGGCGCUGCGGGAGGAGCUGGCGGAGGCGCGGGAGGAGCUGGGAGUUUCGCGGGAGGAGCGCGAAGGGGAGGGGGCGCGGUGGGCGCGCGCCCUCGAAGAG